UACUCCAAUCCAAGUCUCUUUAGAGUAGUGGAGUACUUACCUUACCAACGUAUCUUACGGUUAUUCCACAUCACGACGUUCAUCCAUGCGGUCGGUCAAAUAAACACACCGGUGUGUUGUGUUUUUAAAUAUAUAAAUUUUGUUUAAUUAAAAAUUCAACAAUUUAUUGUUGUUGAUCAAACAAAAUAAAUUCAAGUUAUUUUUUAUUUUUUUUUUUUUCUUCGUUUUAUAUUAUUUAAUAAUAAUCAUCAUCAUCAUCAUCAUUAUUAUAUUGUCAAAUUUAAAUUUAUUUACUGUGAAAAAAAUUUUAAUUUAUCAAAAUUAACGUGAAUUUAUUAAUUUUUUUUUUAUAAAAUAAAAAUCAAAUGAAAAAUUAUUAAAAAUAUAUAAAAAAAAAAAGAAGAUAUUUUCUGUCAAAGACACGUGGAUUAACGGGCUGUACUGGAAGAACGUCAACAUCAACAAGUUGGAUUUUAAUAAAUUUCUUAACUUGAAGAUAUUAUUAAUAUUAUUUUGUUAAUAUUGUUUUAAAUUUUAUGUGACAUUUUGUUGUUUUUUUUAAAAAAAUUGUUAUAAAGAAUGUGAUUAAUCACGUAUUUGUGCGGUGAACAAUAAUUAUUGUUAUUUGGAUAUUGACAGUUUGAUAAUAUUUGUGACAUAGUGAAAUUUUAAAAAGUGUGUAUAUAUAUUAUUAUUUUUUAAUUUAAAAAACGCACGAGUCUUGGAAUAUUUGGCAUGUUUUUAAUAUCUUGGAACUGGACAAAUGUAAUUCUCAUUUAAAAAAAAAGCUGUCUUAAUGGAAUGACGAUAAAGAUAUUAUCAUACUGGAAAAAUAAAAAAUUCGAGUGUGUCGAAUAUAAAUAUCGACAGCUCAAAUUAAAUAUUUUGUUUAAAUAAAGUGUAAUGAGUGCAUAUCUAAGCACCCUGUCACCAUUCGAUCACGAUAAAAAAUAUCACCCAGCAGCAAUGCGGGAAAAAGAUUCAAGUCCACGUAAAAUGACAGGACAUACAAGUCCAAAACAAGCAAGUAUUUAUCCUUUAAGUGUACGUGUUACAGAAAAUGAUGAAUUACCAUAUGAUUUAAGUCAUUCAAAUUUAAGUCGUAGUCAAUUAUUAUCAAGUCCAUUAAUGUGUCAAGCACAUAUGAGUCCAGCAGAAUGUCCAUCAACAAUUAAUCAUCAUCAAAAUGAUAUUGAUUGUGAACCACUUGAUUUACGUGUUGAUUAUAAAAAAGAACAUUUACAUGAUGAAAAUCAAAAUGAUAUUGAAGUAUUAAAUCAAAAUGGUAUAACAUUACCAUAUCAUUCAGUUUUAUUUUCUCAACAUCAUGCUGUACAUCCACUUGUACUUGAAGCAAUGUAUCGUAAUCAUCAUCAUAAUAAUAACAACAACAACAAUUCGACCACCAACAACAACAACAAUAAUAAUACCAAUAAUAAUAAUAGCAAUAAUAGUAAUAGUAGUAGUAAUAAUAAUAAUAGCAGCUCACAUAAAUUAUCAGAUAUUCCAAAAAUUCAAGUACGUGCAUUACCAACAAUGGUACCAAUAAAAUCAAAUCGUUAUUUAACAUCAUCAACAACAGCAGCAUCAACAACAUCACCAACAUCAUCAUUAUUACAACAUCGUAAUAAUAAAAGUCCAAUACCAAAUCAACAAACUACAUUAUCAUCAAGUCAAACAAUAUCAACAUUACAACAGUCAUCAAUAACAAAUAAUAAUAUACCAUCAUAUACAAUUAAUGUUACAAAUGGUUUAAAAACAAAAGAUCGUUAUUCAUGUAAAUUUUGUGGUAAAGUAUUUCCACGUUCAGCAAAUUUAACUCGACAUUUAAGAACACAUACUGGUGAACAACCAUAUAAAUGUAAAUAUUGUGAACGUUCAUUUAGUAUAUCAAGUAAUUUACAAAGACAUGUUAGAAAUAUACAUAAUAAAGAAAAACCAUUUAAAUGUCCAUUAUGUGAAAGAUGUUUUGGACAACAAACAAAUCUUGAUAGACAUUUAAAAAAACAUGAUGCUGAUGGACCAACAAUAUUAGAUGAUGUACGUACACAUUAUCAUGGACAAUUACCAAGAACAGAUGAAUCAUAUUUUGAAGAAAUUAGAAAUUUUAUGGGUAAAAUAACAUCACAAAGACAAAAUAUACCAUAUUUUUCUGGUUUAUUAAAUAAUAAUAAUAAUAAUAAUACUAUUAAUAAUAAAAAUAUUAAUAAUAAUAAUAAAAAUAAUGAUGAUUUUAGAAAUGAUAAACAACAAUUACAUAUUGAUGAUAAACGUGGUGAUUCAUCGUAUUUUAGUGAUCGUGAUAAUCUCAGUUCAAGAUCAAGUAGUAGUGCAAGUAGAGCUGAAAGUAUACAUGAUGAUCAACGUGAUACAAAUACACCACCAUUAUCACCAGUUAAUAAUACCUGACUAAAUUAUCAUUAUAAUUAAUCAUUUAUCAUUGAUGAUAAUAAUAAUAAUGAUAAUUGUAUAAAUGCUUUAUGCAUUAUUAUUAUUAUUUUUUAUAUGAGUAUAUUGUCUCGUGAUAAAUUACCAAUUGACCAUCAUCGUCAUCAUUAUCAUGAAAUAAAUACGAAAAGAAAAAAAUAUAUAUAUAAUUUAAAUUGAGAGUAAUAUGUCCAGCUAGCAAUAAAAGAAAAAAAAAAAAAAAAGGGGAAAAGUCAUAAAUAACAGACAGUUAAAUGCAAUAUCAUUGAGCAAAUGAAGAAAUGAAAUUCAAGUAAAUAUAUAAAAUAUUUAUAUAGAUAAAUAAAGUGAAAAAAAAAAAAAAAAAAAGAUUGAAACGAAUUGGUUAAUUCGUUCCGGUUGCAAGAAGUUAGCUCAAAUGACUCUAGAUUUAACGACCUAGAAAGUGAUAUUUGAGUACGAUGAGGUACCAAUCUCGAGCAAAACCAAUCAUCGAUAUAUAUAUAAUAUAAACCAAGUAUUGGCUGAUGAUCAAAAACGAUAAAAUAUCAGAUCAAUCGAUGGUGAAAUGGAUUAGAAAUCGAUGGGCGUUUUAUUCUCGACACCUUUGAAUGAUUCAACGUGAUUAUUCUACCAGCUUAUUUCAUCAAUUUUAUUAUUAUUUUUGUUUUCAAAAUUUACAAAUAAUAUAAUCUCAAAUUUGUUCAACGAUUGUCAAUUAGAUUUUUAAAAAACGUAGCGAAUAAAACAAUUAUUAAAAAUCAAGUUAAAAAUAGAUUGAAAAAUUUGUUUUUUUUUUUUUUUUUUUUUAAAUGUAAUAAAUAUAAUUCCGGUUUACAUGGUGGAUGUGAGCCAGACAUGGAAAAGUGAGAAAAGGAAAUGGGUGCGAUCCGUGGGAAGAAGGAUGAAACGUGCUUUCAAGAUAUUGCCCAGAAUUCUCGAGGUGAAAGAAAAAAUAAAAACAACUAAACUAAAGUAAAGAAGCAAAAAAAAAAAAAAAAAA